UCCCCCUCAGACAUUUUUUAAUGUGGCACGUGAAUUUACACGUCGCUUGAUCGUUUCUCGAGAAAGGAUAAGUUUCCUGGUAUUCGCGUGAAUCUAAAACGAAACUACAAUCCUUACAUGUAGGUGGUGUUUAAAGGAGUGGCUGCAGCUCGGAUAGAGAUCAGAUCGCUCACAGACGGAAAUCCUCCAGAGAUGCGAUGCUCAAUCCUCGGGUGUGUUCAGUGAUGGAGCUGCUUCCUCUCGUGUGUCUCUGGGUCCUGACCUGGUCUGGAGGAAUAUCUGCUGAUCCAAACGGACCAUUAAUCCGCAAGAUUAUUGUGGCAGAGGAAAAUGCUAUUGUUCUAAAUUGUUCAACUUCCUUCGGUGCUUCGAUCAAUGAAGGCAACACCUUUAAGUGGAUGAAAGAUGGAUCAAAGACUGUGUAUGACACCGGCACUGAGAACCGUAAUCAGGAUCAAGAGUUCAAAGGUCGAGUUUUUCCUUUUACAGAUAAACUACAGUCUGGCAAUGCAUCCAUAGUUAUUAAUAAAACAAAGGUAGCUGACAGUGGAAACUACACCUGUGAUUUUCCGCAAGAAGACCCAUCGAGACGAUCCAAGAUAGAACUUACUGUCCAUUGCACUACCUUAAAAGACAGAACUGAAGAAAACAUCCCAGGUACCUGUCCAACUCCCGCAAUCAGAACUCUUAACAUUAAUGAUCCAGGGCAUGUGGAGUGUAAGGUUGUAGAUGCUUCUCCAAAACCAGAAGUGGAGGUGCGGGACAGUACUGGAACCAGAGUUCCUGCUAAAGAAGAGAAAGUCUCUGAAAAUGGAAACUACUACAUUGUCCUGACUGCUGUUGUGACCAUGGAAGGCUACUAUCAUUGUGUUGUGAAGCAAAGCGAAAUCUGUCAUCAAAUCAAAUCCCCUGAGACAUAUGCAUCCCCCCAUGGUACCUGUCCAACUCCUGUUAUCAGACAUGUUAAAUCUAAUGAUGGAGUGCAUGUGGAGUGUAAGGUUGUAGAUGCUUCUCCAAAACCAGAAGUGGAGGUGCGGGACAGUUCUGGAACCAGAGUUCCUGCUAAAGAAGAGAAAGUCUCUGAAAAUGGAAACUACUACAUUGUCCUGACUGCUAAUGUGCCCAAGGAAGACAACUAUCAUUGUGUUGUGAAGCAAAGCGAAAUCUGUCAUCAAAUUAAAUCCCCUGAGACAUAUGCAUCCCCCCAUGGUACCUGUCCAACUCCUGUUAUCAGACAUGUUAAAUCUAAUGAUGGAGUGGAUCUGGAGUGUAAGGUUGUAGAUGCUUCUCCAAAACCAGAAGUGGAGGUGCGGGACAGUUCUGGAACCAGAGUUCCUGAUAAAGAAGAGAAAGUCUCUGAAAAUGGAAACGACUACAUUGUCCUGACUGCUGUUGUGACCAUGGAAGACUACUAUCAUUGUGUUGUGGAGCAGAGUGAAAUCUGUCAUCAAAUUAAAUCCCCUGAGACAUAUGCAUCCCCUCAUGAUUUCUGCAAAUGGUGGAUUGUUGGUAUUUCUGGUAUUGUUCUUGUUGCUGUUGGAUUUGCAGUAAGGUAUUACUGCAAGUACAAAACUGUGAAAAGGGUCGCCACAGCAAGUCAUCCCUCUCCAUCUACCAGUAUCCUCUGCAUCCUCUUGUCUCUCACCAACCAAAGAUUUACUUCUAAAAAUAAUAAUGCUUUAUUCCCAAUGAAACAGGAGCAAUGGUCCCUGGUUCAAAUCCUGCUUCUGAUUGACCUUUGUGGGGCCCUGAACUUUGUGUGCUCAUCUGCAUCUUUCCUGUGAGACACUUAAAGUUGCAGACAAAGUCAGAGUGGGAUCUUUUAUAGAAGCAUAAACGAAAGUUACUUGAAUUUUUCUGUGUAUUUACUCUCUUCUCCUUUUAAAAUGCAAACAAUGGGGACAAAUGCCCAGUUUUGCUGCAAUUGCCUAACCUAAAGUAUACUUUAACCAUCAAGUAUCCAACCUUUCACCUGUCAGUUGGCUUAUUGUGGAUCCUACAUACAGCUAAAGCUCAUAUCUGUAGAAAUAAAUGUAAAGUACCAUGAGGACAGAUUAGUGACAGAUGAGCUGCUGGUGGCUUUUAAUGCUGACAAAUGAUAAUCAGUGAAUUAUUUUCUUCUGUUAAACUGUUAAAUCUUGAGGGAAUUUGAACAUAUUUCACUUCUGAUCAGACCCACACCUACCAGCUUGUUUUCUCCUGUUCAUGUAAACAUUAAAACAUUAUAUCAAUUCAUUGUAAAUAUUUCAGUAAUUAUAGCACUGCUUAUAUUUUUUACACAAAGGAAAUGUCGACAGAUAUUGCUGUACUUAGCUCUAGAGCAUAAAUUACCUGAUGUGACUUAAAUGCUUUAUUUUGAAAAUGUUAUCAGUAUUUUUGGGAUAAAAACAUGGUGUUACAAAUAUGACAUGCUGAAUUAUAAUUGUUAAUCGAUGUUGGAACUGUGCGCUUUACAAAAUAAAACUUGUGCAAGGGACUUUUUUUCAGGGUUUUUUAUAUCAGUUCUGUCCAGAGGUUAUAAUAAAUAUAAUAAGUAUACAAAUCUGACUUGUACUGGCUGUUCAGGUUACAAUUGUUUUAUUAAAAAACACACACAAAUGGAGUCUGAGUCAAUAAAACUUUACUGUUUAAUGUUUGUCAUUAAUCAUGAAUCCACAACACAGCAGUUUGUUUAGUGAGUAGGAAAAACUUGAGUAUUUACACCUACCGUCAUACACGUCACAGUUUCUACCCAUGCUAAC